AUGCACCUGCGCAACUUGCAUGGAACCUUUGUGGAGCCGAUUUCGCAGUCAACUACAACGAAAUUGGUUCCCAUGUUCAGUGGCUCGAAGCUGCUAUCGAACAACGACAUUCUCCUUCCUGCUGUCAUCUACUGGGACAAAGAUGAGCGUUUCAAAAUCAAUCGUCCACAAUUACCAUGGACUAAGAGACGAAACGAGGUUUUGUGGAGGGCGCCAUCGCCUCCUGUCGAUGCUCAACGGGUCGAGGUGGAAAUGAGCCUAGACGACCGCCAUGGAGUAACGACCGACGCAUAUGCCCUCAAAGGCGAGGAACAGAGUCGAACAUGGACCACUCACGCCAACGCCGAGUGUCGCCUCCCACAUAAUUUCCCGCUCCCGAAUCAAGUGUUGUACCCUUUGCAUUCUUUUGCUCUGAGCGUCCUUCUUGACUGGAUUCGAAGCUGGUCGAAUGCUGCAUUUGUUAGGCUUGUCUGCUUCCCCGAAACGAAGGAAUACGGCUGCAACUACACAGGAGCAUGGUAUCGUCAAGGUGUGCAGACGCCUCUCCAUCGAAUGUUCAAUGCCAAGUGUUUGUCGGACGUUGACGGAAACUCUUUCUCUGGACGGUACCGUGCCUUUCUACAGAGUAACAGCCUGCCAAUCAAAGCAACCGUCUACAACGAAUGGCACGAUGAUCGAUUGGUCCCUUGGAAGCACUUUGUACCCAUGGACAACACCUUUAUAGACUUAUGGGCGAUACUUGAGUACUUUAUCAGCCAUGAAGAUGUGGCGGAAAGGAUAGUGGUAGAGGGUCGGUCUUGGGCAGAAAGGGUGCUGAGGGAAGAGGACAUGCUUGCUUAUGUUUACAGAUUAAUGCUAGAAUAUGCACGUGUCAGCAGCGACCUACGCGAAGAGACGGGUUGGAUAGAAGACGGACUACGAGCGACAUGA